AUGUUAACACUACCGUUUGAUGAGUCUGUUGUAAUGUCAGAGUCCCAGAUGUGCCGAAAGUUUUCCAGAGAAAGUGAGGAUCCAAAGCAAAUCAAGAAACCAGAAAGCUUUGGAAAGCAGAUUACACACCAAGGAAAAAGCAUUAAAAGAUUGACAGUGGAAGAUACAGAAAAAGAGGAGGCGGAAGAUGACCGAGAGGAAGAAGAUGAAAAUGGUUUACCCAGGAGGAGGGGCCUCCGUAAAAAAAAGACGACCAAGAUGAGAAUGGAGAGGGUCAAAUUCAGGCGUCAGGAAGCCAACGCAAGAGAACGGAACAGAAUGCAUGGUCUCAAUGACGCGCUGGACAAUUUAAGGAAAGUGGUACCUUGUUAUUCCAAAACACAAAAACUGUCUAAAAUAGAAACUCUGAGACUUGCCAAAAAUUAUAUAUGGGCUCUUUCAGAAAUCUUACGAAUUGGCAAGAGGCCUGACCUGCUGACAUUUGUUCAAAACUUGUGCAAAGGUCUCUCCCAGCCAACGACAAACUUGGUGGCGGGAUGCCUACAGCUGAACGCCCGAAGUUUCUUGAUGGGUCAGGCGGGGGAAACUGCCCAUCAUGCCAGAUCUCCUUACACCACCUUCUACCCACCCUAUCACAGCCCAGAGCUGAGCACUCCUCCGGGCCAUGGAACUCUUGACAAUUCCAAGUCCAUGAAACCCUACAAUUACUGCAGCGCUUACGAGUCCUUCUACGAAAGCACUUCUCCUGAAUGUGCCAGCCCACAGUUUGAAGGUCCCUUAAGUCCUCCCCCAAUUAACUAUAAUGGGAUAUUUUCCCUCAAGCAAGAAGAAGCUUUGGACUAUGGCAAAAACUACAAUUAUGGCAUGCAUUAUUGUGCAGUGCCACCCAGGGGUCCCCUGGGGCAGAGUUCCGUAUUCAGGUUGCCUACCGAGAGCCACUUCCCUUACGACCUCCAUCUGCGCAGCCAGUCGCUCACCAUGCAAGAUGAAUUAAAUGCAGUUUUUCAUAAUUAA